AUGAAUUUGAAUCCAGUUUAUGUAUAUCUUUUGUUGAUCAUCUUUAUAAAUCAUGUUUAUUCAGCACGACCACUUACACCUUAUCAAAGAAGUUUUACACCAGCUAAAAAUAUUAGUUGUGCACAAUGUGAAAUGAAAUUAGAAGUGGAUAAAUCGAAAAGUUUUGUAGAAACUGAUAUGUAUCGUCGAAGAUGUUUAGAUGAACCAGAACUAUUCUAUAAACCAUGUAUUGUGAAUGCUAAGAAUACACCACGUGGAUGUGCUAAACUUACCACCUACUUGAAAGAACCCGUUGCUAAAGGUCGAGUUAAAGAAGUCACAUUGAUGAAACGUUUCUGUGCUACUGAAGGUGCUGAGCCAGAGGAGAUUAGAUGUGUCAAUCGUCCUUCAGAAGGUGGUUAUUCAGAAUUAUGCAUUUGUGGUACAGAUAAUUGUAAUUCUGCUCCACAGUUAUUGAAAUCAUCAUUAUCACCUAUUUUUUCUUUAACAAUAUCAACCAUUUACAUGAUAUUUAUGAAAAUCAACUAA